GUUUAGCGCCAGUUUAGAUUUUCUCCCUCGCUCGGCGUUUGGGAGGUUAAAGCGGAACCUCACUGUACAAUUUGUUUUUAUUUUAUUUAAAAAAAUAAAAUAAAAAAUAAAGGAAUGAGUUGUACGUAGCCACAAACAAUGUCAGCUACUGGUCAGUAAGUCAUAUAUUGAGAGGUUGUAGAAUCUGUCAAAGUUGCAUUAGCGCUAAGCAAGAGACGCAAAGCUGUGCCACCGGUGUCCGAGAUCAUUUGAUAUCAGCACCUCUGUUUAAGUCUUUAAAAUGGAUGGUGAGAAUGACCUGGACAUUUUGUUGGCGCUGUUGGCUGAGAAUGAGGGGAUUGGUGGUGAACCAGAAGGCAAGAAGCAGCAGCAGCAGCAGGAGGAGGCAGACGACUUGGACGACCUCUUUGAUGAGGAAAAUGGUGAAGAGGAGGAGUACAAAGAUGGUAUUGAUGAGGAGCAGCGAAAUGUACAAGCAGAGGACGAGGUGUCGAAUCUCUUUGGGGAUGUGGAUGACAUUGAAAAUGACCAGGAGGACGCUGGAGGACAAGAAAGCAGAGGAGAGGCUUGCGAGGAAAUGAACAGGUCACAAGUGGAUUUACAAGAGGAGUUGAGGCGGAUGCAGGACCAGAUGAAAAAACUGCAGCAGCAGCUGGAGUCCAGCCAGAAGGUCUCAAAACCACCGUCCACUCCAGUCAGGGCUGCAGGAAGCUCGGCAAGCGCCAAACCGGCGACGCCCAAACCUGCACCAAACCGACAGAUGACCUCCAGACUGACACAGGCCAAACCGGCCGCGGCCACAGCCACAGCCACAGCCACACCGAAGACCAAGAUACAAGCAGUAGCAAAGUCUUCAUCCACUCCAGUCAGAGGAGAAAACCUGAAGCUCCAGGAGGCCUCUGACUUUUGCUCUCAGCUCAACAACGCCGACUCAUUCAAACGCAAACCGAGACAAGCCCACCAACCCAAACCCAGCACAUCAGCAGAGAGAGGGCCGCUGGUGGAGAUAAAGAUCGGCAGCUCCUUCAUGCCAGCAGAAAGCAGCAGCAGCAGCAGAGGUCCCGAUCCUCUGCGCUCACCUCCAGCCUCCCAAAGCAGACCUGCACCUGCAGCAUCAGCGGCACAACCCAAACCUGCUUCUCUUCCUCCUCUUCCUAAAGACGUGGCUGUUGAGAAAUACUCCGGUCUACGGCUCAGAAAACCGAGAGUUUCCUCCAGCGAUAUGGACCGGAAGAUGGCUAACCGCCGCCUCAUCCGCCUGUCACAGGUUCCGGAGCGAAUGACUCGGGAGAAGCUGGAGGACAGCGACUGGGUGACGUUUGCAGUGCUGGUCAAUAAGGCUACACCGCAAAGCAACUCCAGUGGUAAAACCUUCAGCAUCUGGAAACUCAACGACCUCCACAACCUGGAAGUGUUUGUGUCUCUGCUCCUGUUCGGCGAAGUCCACAAAGAGCACUGGAAGACGGAGCCGGGCACCGUCAUCGGACUCCUCAACCCGAACCCCAUGAAGCAGAAAGACGGAUACGACGGGGUGAGCCUGACGGUGGAUCACCCGCAGAAGGUGUUGCUGAUGGGUGAAGCCCAAGACUACGGCACCUGUGUAGCCAUGAAGAAGAACGGAGACCCCUGCUCUCAGAUCGUUAACAUGUACGAGUGCCAGUACUGCCAGUAUCACGUCAAGGCACAGUACAAAAAGAUGAGCUCGAAGAGGGCUGAGCUGCAGUCGUCGUUUUCUGGAAAAGCCCCCAACAAGUUUAAGGGGAAAGGAGGCAGCCUGAAAGAGCGUCUCUGUCAGGAUGGUUUCUACUACGGAGGCGUGUCCUCGGCUGCCUGCGCCGCUUCUCUAACUUCAUCCAAACCGAACAAACCCACCCAGAAGACUCUGGACAAGCUGUUUGUGAAAGGCUCAGCUCAGCUCGUCGAACAGGCCAAGAGGAUCGCCAUGCAGUCUGGUGAAGUUUCAGGUUGUUCAAAUGAAUUCAAGGACCUGCUGUCGAUGCCAACACCUGGAGCUCUGCAGCUGAAGAAGCACCUGGGACAGGGCAGCAAAACAGUUUCCAAAGAAGGAGCUGCGGUCCAGUCGAUCUCAGCUUCAGAUCUGCUGAAGCAGCAGAAACAGAGGCAACGGGAGCUUCUGGAGAGCCGGCGACGGAGGGCGGAGGAGAUCCAGAAUAGGGUGCUGCAGAACACAGGCGGCUCCAAACCAGCGGCGAGCGGAAGCGGCCUCAUGUCCCCGAAAGCUGCCUCCGACGUCCCCAAGGCCACCCUAAGCCCCGCGACACCCCACACCCCGACCCUGGGCCGAGGUUUUUCCGAGGGUGACGACAUCCUCUUCUUCGAGGACAAGCCGUCUCCCGCGCCCCCGCUCGCCCUGUCGGCCGCCAAGAUGGCUGCUCUGAGGAAGCUGAAGGCCAAAGGGACGGGGCUCGAGAGGGAAGACCCCAACGCUGUGAAGAGGAAGAGGAAUAACGGCAGCGAGAUCAGCGCCCGGGUAGAGAAGAAUCUGACCUCGCCCAACGGUGAAUCGUCCACUGAAGGAGAGGAGCCGGCCCAGAAGAAGAAACGAGAUCAACUCGCCUACAUCGAGUCGGAGGAGUUUCAGAAGAUCCUCAGUGCCAAAUCGCGCCACGGGGCGAUUCUUCAAGCGGCUGAGUACCAGCUGCAGGAGCAGUACUUCAAUGCUCUGGUGAAGAAGGAGCAGAUGGAAGAGAAGAUGAAUUCCAUCAAAGAGAUGAAAUGUCGAGCUGUCAGCUGUAAGAAGUGUAAUUACACCUACUUCAAGCCGGCGGAUCGCUGUGUGGAAGAGAAUCAUGGUCUAAGGUGGCACGACGCGGUGAAACGUUUCUUCAAAUGUCCCUGUGGACAGAGAGCCAUCGCUCUGGACAGACUACCACACAAACACUGCAGCAACUGCGGUCUGUUUAAAUGGCAACGUGACGGAAUGCUGAAGGAAAAAUCGGGACCAAAAAUCGCCGGCGAGCUUCUCCAGCCUCGAGGAGAGGAGCACGCCAAGUUCCUCGGCAGCAUGAAGUGACGUCCAGACGUUUAGGAAACAUGUAUUUAGAUUUUUAUGUUUGUAAUUUAAGGGUUUUGAGGCAUUUUUUAUUUAGUUAGUUAGUUAUCAAUUAUGUUUUUAACGUCUGUUUCUUGUGGAUUAUAACGAUAUAAAUGUCUGUGAGGAUUUUGCUGGAAAUUGGUUAUUAAAGCGAUAAUUUGCGACGUCUCACGUCAAAA